AAGAAUUAAAGCAGGAAGUGAAUAGCAAGAGCGUUAGUUUAUAUUUUCCUCGUUGACAUGUGGCUUUAUAGACCCUAAAAUUCCCAAAUUACAGAUGGAGUUGAAUACGUUUCUUACUCAGCGGCUAACAGCGGCCGCUGUGGAGAUAUCGGCUGUCUUUGAAAAAAAGAUUGUCGAGUACCAGGUAGAAAUCUCCCGUUCGAAGGAGGAGAACAAACGUCUGCAGCGGCUGUUGGAUUUGGUUUUCCACCCGGAAAUCAAGUUACAUCGAGCAGACUCCCAGCAGCUCUCUCUUCCUGUCUAUGAAGAGGAGGUUACACAUGAGCAGCAGCACUGUGAGCAGGAGAGGAGCCCCAGUCUGGGGCAGGAGGACCCAGAGCCCACACAGAUUAAAGAGGAACAGGAGGAAGUCAGGACCAGUCAAGAGGAAGACCAGCCUCAAGAUCUGGAACCUGAUAUCAAAGACCUCUUGAUUCCUGCCUGUGUGAAAAGUGACUAUGAACAGGACCCAUCUCUGCCCUCACAUCUUGACCAAACCUUGAAGAACAGAGUGAGGGACUCUCUACCCACCAACACAACAAAACAGAUCAAAACAGAACCUGAUGUAGAGGAUUACAGCGUAUCAGAACCAACCAGGGACUCUCAGCUCCUCUCUGCAGUAAAUCCAGACUGUUCUGCAGCUCUGGGUGAAAACAGAGUAUCAGAACCAACCAGUGACUCUCAGCUCCUCUCUGCAGUAAAUCCAGACUGUUCUGCAGCUCAGAGUGAAAACAGAGUAUCAGAACCAACCAGUGACUCUCAGCUCCUCUCUGCAGUAAAUCCAGACUGUUCUGCAGCUCAGAGUGAAAACAGAGUAUCAGAACCAACCAGUGACUCCCAGCUCCUCUCUGCAGUAAAUCCAGACUGUUCUGCAGCUCUGGGUGAAAACGGUAAAGUUCAUCAGAGUCCCAGCAAUUCUUCAGAACAAGAUUCUAGUAACGUGGAAUCAAAUGAAGCAUCUAGUUUCUCUACCUGGACUGAGGAAGUCAUCUCAGUAACAGACAGCCACUCUUCAGACAGUAGCUCCUGCACUAAAGAAGACUCUGAGGCACGGAAACCAGCAAAGAGAACAUGCCAUUCUAGUGGUGUGGUGAACGAACCAUCUUAUUUGUCCAACUUAUGUGAUGAAAACAACCCGGGGACUGAGAUCAGCCCUUCAGACGGCAACAAUGACAUGGACAUCCGAACACCCUCUGGGGCUCCUAGUCCAGCUAAGAGGAUAUGUCUGAGGGUGCAUGAUGCUGCCGUAGCAAGACGUGGGAGUGGAGAGAUGGCCUCCUGUUCCCGUCCCAAAGUGCCAGGAUCCACUCCAUGUUACACCCACUGCUUGCACAGUCAAGGUCUGUACAUCCGAAAGUCACUACGGAAGCAUGUCAGAUACUGCCCUCUGAACCCCAAAGCUGAAGAACCAAAACCUGGACCAAAGAGGAGGAUUCAGUCAGCAAUGGCGUUUAUGAUGCGUCCUCAACCCGACUACGUCAGCACAGGUCUUUGGAAGAUCGUUUGUGGUAUGAACUCCGGCCAAGUUUCAUUUGUGGUUAGAAAUGACAAAUGUAUCCUCCUCAUGGGAGAGGAGCUGUACAACAAACUACAGCCAGAUAACAGAAGAAACAAAUACAUUCAACAAAGAAUGAGAGAGGUGGCGAGACUCCUCAUCACGGCCAGGACGUGUACACCUCUGAUGUGCUUUGAGGACUUGGUCAUACCUAGUAAUUUACCUCACGUCAUCACGGCAGUGAGAGCUGUUGCUGGCUACAACGAGGAGAACAAAACGUACGACCGUCCGACGCUGGCUGUUCAAAUGGGAUACAACUUAAUGAACAUUGGCAGCGCUGUGGAAUCCUGUGCACUGAGGUCAGGACGACGCAAAGUCGCGGAGUCUGCUGGCAAAUUCAAACGUUUCAAGUGGAAUGAGGUUGUUUUGGCUGGAGCGCUGACCACUCUCAGUGAACCCCAAAAUAAAUGCGCCCAGCCGACAUUUCGCAUUCUUCCCAGCUGA